AUGUCAGAACUGGGUGUUCCUUUGCAGAAGCCCGUCGUGAUGCUAUUGUUUACUGAGUGGGAUAAGGUGAGUUCCCAGCCCCGGGUGUAACCUUUCUUCCUGACGUCGGAUUUGCGGUAAAUUAUUUCUAUUUUCUCUCGUUAGCGUUGAUAUUUUGAAAAACCGGAGGUUUUCCACAUCCUGGUAGCAACGCUUCAAGAAUAGCAAAAUAAGGGGGUUUGUCGACAUCCCAAAAUAGCAAACAGCAUUAUCUAGUGUCAAAUUUAAACCCAUCAAUACUUUCCAUGAAUGUUGCACCCCCAAGUACUUGCAAAACUAGAAGAAAAGCAACCUACGUAAAUGCGGAUCAACCUCAUCCUGAUCCCAAGCCGCCCAAAAAAACGGACCAACACAACUCGUACUCUCAAUCGACCGAUAGGGAAGAUGCAAAGCAUUAA